GAUUGAACGGAGGCUUUAAAGAAAAGAGGCAGCAUUGUCUGGAAGGGCGUCACUGCUACCGUGGAACGGAGGGCAGAGGGAUGACAACGGACUGCUAACGUGAAAACAACCCAGGAGCCCUGUGUGGUAAACGCAGAGACAGUUUGAACCAUCUUUAGUGAGAGCUCUUCAGCAGAGGGACGAGUCUUCAGGAAGCAGGCACCUCUUCAUUCACAUCUCCCCUCGGAGCCGUGUCGAUUUGGCAGCUUUAGUGCGUAUGCUAACACUAGCUAACAAGGAAUGUUAACUCUAGGCUAUUCUAGACCAGAAGCCUGCAACAUCCUCUGCUAAAACUAGAACGACCUCAGUGCCGGUGGAUAACUCCCUCCGAAGCACACCUAGUGUAUUUGAGCUGACGGUGGAUACUACAGCUUCCAACCAGACAGCAAACCAAAGAAAUCAUUUCCAUUUCUCCGUUUAAAAAUAAUAAAUCAAUACGUUUGACUAUUGUAUUUAUUUUCUUCUUAAUCUGUGAGCUAAUAUAUUUUUUAAGUAAUCCGUAAAGAUGAGUCCUGGAUUGGAAGCAGUGGACAUAGCUGUGGUAGCACUGUAUUUUGUCCUGGUGCUAGCCAUUGGGUUUUUUGCCAUGUGGAAAGCCAAUCGCAGCACUGUGAGUGGCUACUUCCUGGCUGGACGCUCCAUGACAUGGAUAGUAAUUGGUGCAUCACUCUUUGUCAGCAACAUUGGCAGUGAACAUUUCAUAGGCCUUGCCGGGUCAGGAGCAGUGAGUGGCUUUGCUGUUGGAGCAUGGGAGUUUAAUGCAAUUCUUCUUCUGCAGCUGCUUGGUUGGGUGUUUAUCCCUGUGUAUAUACACUCGGGGGUCUACACCAUGCCCGAGUACCUGUCGAAACGCUACGGUGGCAACAGGCUAAAGAUUUACUUUGCCUUCUUGUCUAUAUUACUUUACAUUUUUACUAAGCUGUCAGUGGACUUGUAUGCUGGAGCGCUCUUCAUUCAGGAGUCCCUGGGGUGGAACCUUUAUGUUUCCAUCGUCCUGCUCAUCAGUCUGACAGCGCUGCUCACUGCCACCGGUGGACUGGUGGCUGUACUCUACACGGAUGCACUUCAGGCGGUGUUGAUGAUUGUUGGAGCACUAAUCCUAACCAUCCUAAGCCUUAUCAAAGUUGGUGGGAUGGAGGGUGUCAGAACUAAGUACAUGCAGGCCAUUCCCAAUGUUACUGCUAUAAUGGCCACUUUGAACGUCACCUAUUCUCCUUCGUGCCACAUUACGCCUAAACCAGACUCCCUACGCAUCCUCCGAGGUCCACUGGAUGAAGACAUCCCAUGGCCAGGCUUCCUUCUUGGCCAGACCCCUGCCUCUAUCUGGUACUGGUGUGCAGACCAGGUCAUUGUUCAGAGAGUACUAGCAGCAAAGAACAUUGCUCACGCCAAGGGUGCUACGCUCAUGGCUGGAUUCCUCAAGAUCCUGCCCAUGUUUUUAAUAGUGAUCCCUGGAAUGAUCUCCCGCAUCUUGUUCACAGACGAGAUUGCCUGCAUUGGGCCCGAGCACUGCUUGGCUGUUUGUGGUUCUGAGGCUGGCUGUUCAAACAUUGCCUACCCACGCCUUGUCAUGGCUGUGAUGCCUGUCGGACUCAGGGGUCUGAUGAUGGCUGUCAUGAUCGCUGCCCUGAUGAGUGACCUAGACUCAAUCUUCAACAGUGCAAGCACCAUCUUCACCCUGGACAUCUACAAAAACUUUCGAAGAGAGGCGUCUCAGCGUGAGCUGCUCAUGGUUGGCCGCAUGUUUGUUGUGGUUAUGGUGGCAAUCAGCAUUGCCUGGGUCCCUGUUAUUAUCCAAAUGCAAGGCGGGCAGACAUACCUUUACAUCCAGGAAGUUGCUGGCUACCUCACUCCACCAAUAGCUGCCCUCUUCCUGUUGGGUGUGUUCUGGAAACGGUGUAAUGAGACAGGUGCAUUUUGCGGAGGCAUGACAGGUUUCACUCUUGGUGCCAUACGUCUGAUCUUAGCUUUUAUCUACCGCAAGCCUAACUGUGACCUGCCAGAUGAUAGGCCUGCCUUCAUUGCUAAAGUGCACUACAUGUAUUUUGCCGCUGGGCUGUUCUGGACUUCAGGGUUGGUGGCAGUGGUGGUCAGCCUCUGCACCUCUGCCCCAGAUGAGGAGCAGGUUCGCACCACUACAUUCUGGGGGGUCCGCAACAUGAAAAGGCUUCCAACAAAGGACCGAAAGGAAACAUUAAGGCUGACCGAAGAGAGCUUUCAGAAUGGCAAUGGAAGACUCCUUAAAGAAAUACCACAAGAUGUCAGAAACGAGAGGUGUUUGGAUGGGGCAGAUGUUAAACUCUUGGUCUCGUACACUGACCAUGACCCAGCAACCCCAAGUACAGAAACAUCUCCUGCCACCACGCCUGCAGACCAAUUCAGUAAUGGAAAGUUAGAUAUCACCGAAGGGGAAAGCAGCCAGGUUAAUAGGAAGACUAGCGGGUUUAUGUGUUUCCUGGAAAGGUUUUGUGAUUGUAAUGACAGACCACAGAGCACUCCGACAAAAGUACUGCAGGAGGAUAUCAUUGCAGAAAUGCUGUAUGAGUCUCCCAGAGAUAAAAUAAUCCUCAACGUGGUUCUGGUAUGUGUCUGCUGUGUGGGCAUCUUCCUGUUUGUUUAUUUUUCAAUUUAGUUAGCCUCUGUACUGAACUUAUGAUAAAUGGUUAGGGUGCUUUUAUUAAAGUGGAAAUUGUGUUGAGCUGUUCUAAGUGAACAGUUACAUUUUCAAAGUUUUGAAAUCUCUGUCUGUGAUAUUUACAGUUGUCUUUUUAAGCUUUCUAACGGGGAUAAAAGCCUACCUAAUCAUUUUUUCAAUGAUUAAAGCUUUGCAACAUGAAAACAAUUGUACUACUUUAAGGAGUAGGAAUCGUAUUUUACUUGUUGAUUUUAUUGUUAUAUUGUUAGUAUUUAAUAUCUUUUUUUUUUUUUUUUUUAAACAAUCGCACUUGUCUGUAUUUUCAGAUGUAUUCUUUUUGACCGUUAUUGUAGGCGUAGUUGCUGUUUUAGCAUUCAUAUGUCAGUAACUCGAGAGGUUAUAGGUCAUGACCAUUUCUGACACUACACAAUAUUACUACUGCAUUAUUUUAGUAGAACUUUGAGUGUUUGAUUAUUAGUUUUUUAUUGUGUCUUUUCAAAGUUAUUGUCAUUGUUAAACACUAUGUAUACUUUGUAUCCAUUACUAUUGUAUUAUAACAAUAGACCACACAUACCAAUGCUGAUUAUUUGAUAUCAUUUUAAAUUAACCUUGUGUACACUAUAAUUCAUGUCAGGAUCACCCACAAUAUAAAUGUCUUCCAUAGCAGACCAUUUAUUCUGUAUCUACUGUGUGUUCAUGUACAUUAUGGUGAAUUUCAGCUAAUUUUAUCUAGUUUCAAGAGCAUAAUUUAAACCUCUUACUAUAUGUGUCUUAGUAUGCAAUAUUAAAAAGAGAAGAAAACUAAGAUUUUGGUUUACAUCCUGAAUAUGUUGUACACUGAAAACCACAUUUCUAUAAAGCCAUGUGAUGAAUCAGCUUUGUCAUGUAGUACAUUUAGCCUUUACAUGUUCACAUUUUGUGGCUGAUCUAGAUUGUGUUCAUUAAUAAUAAUGAUAAACCCUAACCUCCACACUCCAGAAUACAAAGUAUGUGUGUCCACAUGCACUUUGGAGUUUGACAAUUGUGUUAAAUGACCAUAGUCCUUAAAAAUUGUCAUAUUUGAAAGGCCAAUACCAAUUAAUGUCGAGCAUAAAUGAUGUAUUUAGAGGAUUGAUAAGAGAUGAUUGCUGUGUGUGAAAUUGCUUUAAAACAUUUGAUUUCUCUCUGAGAAAAUAUACUUUUUUUUUUGUAUGGAUUUUAUUUUUUGAGACUGAUAAUAAAAGGUCUGUGGAAAAAA